AUGGGGAAGCAAACCAAGUCCACCAAAAAGUUCAUGCGAACGCAGCUCGACGGCACCAUCAAGCGUCGACGCGACCACCAGAAGAAGCGCAAGGUCAUCGAACGUUCGGCGGCAGCCAAAAAGCAGAAGCAGUUGCGCAACACCGGCAAGAAGGGCAGGGGUGCAAAGGAAUCUGAGGCACCAGAGGAUUUGGCAGAGUUCGACGAUGAUGUGGAUGUCGCGGAAAAGAUGGAGGCGGGCGGCAAAUUGAAAGGCAUGAGCGUCGAUGAUUUCCUCGGAGGCGGGUUCAAGAGCGCAGCUGGGGAUGGCGACGAGGAGGACGAGGAGGAUGAGGAUGCGGAGGAGGACGGUGAAGAGGAUGCAGACGACCUGGACGAUGUGGAAGACAUGUCGGACGAUGAAGAGGGGGCAGGUAUGCAUGCACAGGAUCUGGAAAAGCUCAAGGAGAAGGACCCCGAGUUCUAUGCAUACUUGCAAGAGAACGAUAAGGAGCUCCUUGAAUUUGGUCAAGAAUCCGAUGAUGACCAGGACGAGGAUGACGAGUCCGCCCAAGAAGAGGAGCGGCCCAGCAAGACCAAGGCCUCUUCCUCGAAGGCUGCGCAGGUCGAGACUGGCCCUCAGCGCGUAACACUCAAGAUGUUGGCGGGCUGGCAAAAGUCGAUGCUCACGCACCGUUCGCUGAAAGCGCUCCGCCGACUGCUCAUCGCCUUCCGUUGCGCGGUCAAGCCCGAAGAAGAAGAUCAGCGGCCGCAAGGCGCCUCGUUCAUCAUCGAAGAAGCGCGCGUCUUCAACAAGCUCGUCCUCACCGCUCUCAAGUACACGCCCGUCGUGCUGCAACACCACGUGCCCAUUACAGAAGACAAACACGGCAACAUCAAGAUCCCCUCAAACAACAAAAAGUGGAACCUGAUCAAAAAGCCCAUCCAGUCGUACUUCAGCAACCUCUUCCAGCUCACCGAGACGCUGACAGAGCCGCGCAUGCUCGAGAUUGUUGUGCGUGAUAGCACACGCAUGGUGCCGUACGCGCUCUGCAUCCCCAAGACGACGAGAGAUUUUGUCAAGGUGGCGCUCAACCUGUGGUCGAGCCAGGUCUCGGAAGACGGGGUGAGGAUGUCCGCGUUCCUCACCCUGAGGAGGUUGGGCAUGUCUGGCGGCACCGCUUCGCUCGAGAACGUCCUGCGUGGGGUCUACUCGUCCUACAUUCAGUCGAGCAGGUCGGUGAGCGUCCACACGCAGCCGAUGCUCAACUUGAUGAAGAACACAGCCGUAGAGCUGUACUUGCUCGAUUCGGAUGUCGCCUACACCCAGGCGUUUGGCUUCAUCCGUCAGCUGGCGAUCCACCUGCGUAACUGCGUCAAGACCAAGACGAAAGAUGCGUUCAAAGCGGUUCUCAACUGGCAGUUCGUCUCUGCAAUCGACUUUUGGUCGUUGCUGCUGGCGCGUGCGUGCGAUCAGGAGUCGGAACGUCAGGCUGGGUUCGAGUCGCCGUUGAAGCCGCUCAUCUAUCCACUGGUGCAGGUGGCGACGGGUGUGGUGGGGUUGGUGCCCAACUCAAGAUACUUCCCUUACCGUCUGCAUCUACUCAAAGCGAUGAUGCGCAUCGUGACACGCACAGGAACGUACAUCCCGCUGGCGCCGUCGAUCCUGUCCGUGUUCGAGUCUCCCGAAUUCCAGAGGAAGCUCAAGGGCAGCACAGCGGCGCCCAUUGAUUUCAGCACGACACUGCGGGCACCGACGCAACUGGUACGCACGCGACCGUACUCGAACCAGCUGCUGUCAGAAUACUCGCUUGUACUGCUCGAGUUCCUGGCGUCGCAGUCGCGGUCGAUCGCGUUUCCCGAACUGGUCCUACCGCUGCAGAUCCAGCUCAAGCGGCUGUCGAAGAGCACUACGAACGCCAAGUUCCAGACCGAGGCCAAGCAGCUGCUGGACAAGUCGCAUCAGACGGCACUGUGGGUGGGCAAGCAGCGCGAUGCGAUCGAUUUCACGCCCAAGGAUUUGGAUAAGGUCAAGGACUGGGAGAUGGACGCCAAGGAGAACCCGCUCGAGGGCAUGUUGAGGUUGGCCAAGAAGGUGCGUGCCAAGCAGGAGGCCUUGAUCAAGGCGCAGGCUCAAGUUGUUCGUGAUGACGACGAUGAGGAUGAGAGUGAUGAAGACGAUGAAGAGGACGAAGAGGAAGAUGAUGAUGAGAUGGAGGUGGAAGACGAGGACGACGAGUAA